UCUAAAACUCUUUUGGUGUUUUGCAAAAGAAACCAGUUUUCAAAGUUCAAUUUUUUUUGUUUUUAAAAAUGGAGAAUUUAGUGAAGAGCUGCGCAGGGAUCGAGAAGAAAAGAAGCAAUUUGACUCAUUCGGAGGAAGAUAUGGUAACAGAGUCAAAGGAGAGAAGCAGCACGAGCGAAUCGAGCUACGAGAGUUCCUCCGGCAACACCGUCGCUUCGUCUUCUCCACCGUCGCAGAUUCUGGGUUGGCCGAUAAGAAAAGCUUCAUUUCGUAAGAAUUCCAAGGAAAAUGUUAAUGUGGAUCAUAAGAAAUCUACCCUUCACGAUGAUUCUGGGUUUAAAGGAAAAGAGAUGAAUUUUGCAGAUGUGGAAAUGAUGAAGGAGAGAUUUGCAAAGUUGUUGCUUGGUGAAGAUAUGUCAGGUUCUGGUAAAGGCGUGUGUACGGCUUUAGCCAUCUCCAACGCCAUCACCAAUCUCUGUGCUACGAUUUUUGGGCAACUAUGGAGAUUAGAGCCACUUUCGAGUGAAAAGAAGGAGAUGUGGAGAAGGGAAAUGGAGUGGAUUCUUAGUGUUAGUGAUCACAUCGUUGAGUUAACACCUUCAACGCAGACUUAUCCAGACGGCAACAAGUUUGAGGUCAUGACUUGUCGACCAAGAUUUGAUCUUUUCAUCAAUCUCCCGGCUCUUCGUAAACUCGACAAUAUGCUUCUCGAUAUAUUGGCGAGUUUCAAGAAAACUGAGUUCUGGUAUGUUGAUCAAGGGAUUGUUGCUUCGGAAAACGAUGGCUCAGCUUCUUUCCGCAGAAAGAUUCAGCGUCAAGAGGAGAAAUGGUGGUUGCCUGUUCCUCGUUUAGCACCUAAUGGUCUUACUGAAGAAGCAAGAACAGAAUUGAAUCACAAGAGGGAAUGUGCGACGCAGAUACUUAAAGCUGCAAUGGCCAUUAACAGCCUUGCUUUAACCGAAAUGGAUGUUCCAGAAACAUACCUUGAAACCCUUCCAAAGAACGGUAGGUCCUGCCUUGGGGAUGUUAUCUACAGGUACAUAACAUCUGAUAAAUUUUCUGCGGAGUGUCUUCUCGAUUGCCUUGAUCUGUCCUCUGAGCAUAUUGCUCUUGAUAUUGCAAACCGUGUGGAAGCUUCGAUAUAUGUUUGGCGGAGAAGAGUUCAAACAAAACUUGGAGUCAACAACAAUAAUACUUCAAGCACUACUCCAAAGUUAACAUGGGAAAUGGUCAAAGAGCUAAUGGCUGCUGGUGACAAAAGAGGAUUGCUUGUGGAGAGAUCCGAAACUCUCUUACGUUGCCUGAAGCACCGGUUUCCAUCUCUAACGCAGACUUCUCUAGACAUUAGCAAGAUUCAAUGGAACAAGGAUAUUGGGAAAUCAAUCCUCGAAAGCUACUCAAGGGCUUUGGAGAGCUUAGCAUCAAACAUCAUUGCACGAAUCGACGAUUUACUCUACGUGGACGACUUAACAAAGCAAUCAGAUGGUAACAAUCUGUUGUCAAGUCCAGCAGUCAGCAGCAUUAUAGCUCACAAGAAAGUAGUACCAAUCCCUUAUCUAAUAUCUGCAUCAGGAACUCCAUACAGAACAAGCUUCUCAACAACACCAGGCUUCUCUCCUUCAAUGAUUAGUCCCAAGAAAGGAGAGAGGAGGACACCUUACUCCAGCAAAGACACUAACAAAGUCAUUGAGAAAGGCCUUCCUUCUCGAGGAUUUGGAGUGAGAAGAGUCUUGAACAAUUAUCUUGGCAUGGAAUCGAAACUGAAAAUAUGCGUGAAUCCGUCAGAUAAUGCAGAUACAGCUGUGAUUUGCAAAGAAGAAUGUUAAAUUAUACUCAAAAGAAAAAUGUUCGUUUUUA